AUGUCGACGAACGAGGAUCCCGAAUUUCAAGAUGCCUUAGAACUCCCUCCGGCCCCACCUCUACCCACAGCCCCAGUCUCAGACUCUACAACAGCAGGGCAACAAGAAUCUUCACCGGAGAAUGUGCCGGAAUCCGCGUCUCAAGCGAAUCGAGAAUCCGAACCGGAUGCAGAAGUGCCAGAGGCCGUGGCCGAGCAUGAAUCAGAGCCAACACCAGCUCCACCAGCAAUUAUCGAUUCGGAUUCCAAGGUCGUGGAGGAGCCAAAAGAAGCUGCGAUCCAUUCCAAUGGAGAGGUGGAAGCUCAAUCCAAUGACCAGGCGGGUCGCGCUCAGCUGCGAAAAGACGAAGGGAACCGGACAUUUACGAUGAGAGAACUGCUCACUGAGUUGAAAACCGAGGAAGGAGAAGAUGCUGGCUCCCCUUACAGUCAAGAAACCCCACAACAACAUGCAGCAGAGCAGACCAAUGCUGCCAUGGAGUUGAUAAAUAGUAUCACUGGUGUGGACGAGGAGGGUCGGUCUCGUCAAAGAAUUCUUACUUUUGCAGCAAAAAGGUAUGCCAGUGCAAUUGAGAGAAAUCCGGAUGACUAUGAUGCCCUCUACAAUUGGGCGUUGGUUCUUCAGGAAAGUGCUGACAAUGUUAACCCAGAAUCAACAUCACCUUCAAAAGAUGCUUUGCUUGAGGAAGCUUGCAAAAAGUAUGAUGAGGCUACACGUCUUUGCCCGUCACUUCAUGAUGCUUUUUACAAUUGGGCUAUAGCAAUUUCUGACCGAGCAAAAAUGCGUGGCCGUACAAAGGAGGCUGAAGAACUCUGGAAGCAGGCAACAAAAAACUAUGAAAAAGCUGUGCAACUUAAUUGGAACAGUCCACAGGCACUUAACAAUUGGGGACUUGCUCUACAGGAACUCAGUGCAAUUGUUCCAGCUCGAGAAAAGCAAACAAUUGUGAGAACAGCAAUCAGUAAGUUCCGAGCUGCAAUAAGGCUGCAAUUUGAUUUUCAUCGAGCAAUCUACAAUCUUGGGACUGUUCUGUACGGAUUGGCAGAGGACAUGUUGAGGGCUGGUGCAGCAACGAAUAAUGAGUUGUACAGCCAAUCUGCUAUAUACAUUGCGGCUGCUCAUGCGUUGAAGCCAAGUUACUCUGUAUACAGCAGUGCUUUGCGGCUUGUUCGUUCCAUGUUACCACUACCAUAUCUUAAAGUUGGAUAUCUCACUGCACCGCCAGCUGGACAACCCAUUGCACCUCAUAGUGAUUGGAAAAGGUCACAAUUCGUUUUGAAUCACGAAGGACUCCAGCAGUAUAACAAACCGGAUCUAAAGCAAGCUCCACAAAACCUGUCUCGGAGAUCUGCAGAUGGUACUAAUGAUAAAAAGGCUAUCAAAGUUGAAGUUCCAGAUAUUAUUUCAGUGUCAGCUUGCGCUGAUUUGACUUUGCCACGUGGCCCCGCCCUUUGUGUUGAUACAAUUCAUGGACCCGUUUACCUGAUUGCCGACUCAUGGGAAUACUUGGAUGGCUGGCUGGAUGCAAUUCGUCUUGUCUACACGAUAUAUGCACGAGGUAAGAGUGACGUCCUAGCUUCCAUAGUAACCAGCUGA